AUUGUCCCGCCUGCCCUUGUACCGGGACGGCCCCGCUGGGACAGUGCUGGCAGCUUCCUUCAGCCGUGCUGCCGGCGGCUGGGAGCUCUGCCGAGCGCCCGGGCCGCCGGCUGUGCGCUGACUCCUGGUGAAGAGCUACGGCGUUUUACAGUUUAACGUGUAUGUCACGGCUGCAGCGGGCUAGCGGGGCGUCCUGAGCACGCUGCCACUUAGGUAAGCAGUCAGGCUGUUGCAGUCUCAUGCCUUUCUCGUGAAAUGUUGCCAAAUUUCCUUGUGUGUGCCGAUCUCUGAUUCAAGAGCUCUUUAGCAUCUCCUUGGGGUGCUUCCUUCUUUCUUCAACUGGCUCCAACAAGCAUCAUGAGGUUUCUAAGUGGUGUUACCACACCUUUUGAUGCCUCCGAAGAAAAAGUGUACCCACAAGGCUAGGAAGGCAGAGCUGAUUUUCCUUGAGAAGCCACGGGCAGGACCCAUCCACUGUUAUGAAGCUCCACUGCAUCUGGCUGAGAAUCCCAGACGUGUGCCUACAAAACCUGUGGACCUGAACACGUCUGCUGCCUGGGUGUGCCCACAAUUUGACACAACUAAGCCAGUGGUGUUGAAAGCCUGCCAGAAGAAGCGUCCUGAUCCUCACAAGCCCUAUAAUCAGGAUGCCAACCACAGUUCAUUUCAUGCAGGAGGAGCUUGUCGAGGAGCUGUAGCCUGCAGAUUUCCUCCUUUAACUUUUGAGAAUCCAGAAGGACAUGCAGUCCCUCCGCUGGAUGAUCCAAAUUGCUUGAGAAAGAACGCACAAUGCUCUCCCAACCAGCCUAAGAAAGGGACAGCAGCAAACUCCAACAUCCACGUGCAGAGUCCAGAGGACUGUGGAGAGCUUGCUCCCCAGCCUGUGGAGCAAGAAGUCCCUAAUCCAUCGGAUGCAGAGGCUGCACAUGUUCCUUCCCCAAGGAAUGGGGAAUGCUGCAACACUCUGUCACAAAGCACUCAUGCCUGGCAUCCAGAAGCAGAGCUGCCAUUGGGUAUUGAUCCCUGUGGGAGAGGGGAGGCGGCAGCAGUACUGGUUACAGACACUCCGGAGCACGAGUACGGCCUCAAGGUCACCUGGAGACGGCGGCCGCACAUAAUGAAGCACCUGCGGCAGCAGGGCAAGCUGAGCGCCGCGGACAUCCUGGUGAAGGCAGACAUGGAGCUCCCGAGAAGGCAGGCCCACACCUGACCCGGAGGGAGCCGCCACUCGCUGCGUGCAGGGACACGCCCGAACAAGAGGCUGGCGCUUCGGGGCUCAGCAGGGGACGUGAUUCAGCCAGGCCCUCUACAACGCCGGGCAGAGCCGCCGAGAAGCGCCGAGGCGGGCGCG